GUUUGGCGCACUACGCUCGCGUAACUUUGCGAUCGGCAAAAGUUUUGAAGUUUUUUGUGACUGUGCUUUCUGUAAGUUCAAUUAUAAAGCGGUUUCAUUUCCUAACAAAUAGACGCCAAACUCCAUAGACAUGAUGUGGUGGGCAGUUUGUUGUGUUACGUUGGCCGUGGGCAGUGUAUGCACAAGUGCGGCGCCUAGGACCGAAAUUUCACACCCUAUCGACUGGACCCAGCUGGAAUCAGCACCUGAUGAUGAAAGCGUUGAUUAUGCUGUAUCACCUGGACGUUAUGCAUCCGCCCCCUGGCUCUACCUUCUAGCAGAAGCGCCACGUGAUUCACAGAGGCUGAUGCGAGACUUUAACAUUCGACCGAAACGCAAAAUGCCAUCGCUGUCCAUCAACAACCCCAUGGAGGUGCUGCGCCAGAGACUGCUGCUAGAAGUUGCCAGGAAGCAGAUGCGCGAAGCAAACCAGAGACAAGCGGUGGCAAACAGAGUGUUCUUGCAGAAUGUUGGAAAACGAGGUCUUUGGAUGAACUCAGUGUCAUCGCGCUAUGGCAUCUAAGGAAAUACGACUCAACCUUCUCUUCCUUUCUCUAUUUCUGAAGAAGCUAAACAGUCCAAGGUACCUUUUCUUUGAAAAAAUAAAAUUUAUUUUCUUGUAAACAGGAAAUACACGCUGAUUACUAAGAUUUGUCUUCCUUCUUGUUGGCCUAAGUUCACUGACGUAAUAACGGGUCGUCAUUAAAAACUUGAACUGUUAUUAAAAAAAUAACAUCUGUCUGCAUUCUGAAUACACAGUAAGUGUACCCGGAGGUAAAAUAUAUGUAGUCAAAACUAGCAAAAACUCAAAAAGUGGCAAAUAAUCUGUUAACGUUAUUAUUAUUUAUAAACGUAGCUUAUGACUCUCUUGUCUUCUUCUCUCAUUCUCUUUUGGCCAAAAGUAAAAAAGCAAUACAUUGAAAUGGUUUGUUUUUCAAUAUGCCGAUCUAAAAACUCUUGAAAACAAUGGAUGUCUAGAUUGUAAUUGGUCGGAAGACCCUCCAAUUGACUAAGGCGAAAGCCUCACAGAAAUGUGUUGCGAUUAUAGAAAGUUGUCACGCCAGUUAAACCCUUUGUGCUAACUGCAAUCUAUAUUUAACAAAACACUGAUGAAGGCCUGAUAAAGUAUUCAAGUGAAACCUAGAGUAGACUUUAAACGUCAGAUACUUCGACAUACCGCUAAGUAUGGCUCCCGUAUGUCAAAAACGUAUUAGAUUUGUCAUGGGAGAGACACUUAGCGCGUCUCGACUCGAUCCCCAAGACAAGCGUUGAAAUGUCAGUGAACUUGGGCGUUAGAAAAAUAUAUUUUUUCGUAGUCAUAGUUUAGAUUUAAAGGCGUGAUUGUUAACCAGCUCAACAAUCGCGUAUAAUAGACAUUAUUGAACGUUUAUUUGCGAAUUUCUUUAUUGCUAUGUGCCAAAGAAUAAUGUAAGUAUUUAAUAAAAGAUGGCAAGCCUAAAACAUACUGUGCUGAUAUUAAGCGAAAUUUUGUUUAACUUCAGCGAUUCCACGAACAGAAGCUGCGGAAACAUACUUGAAUUUUUAAUUUAAAAACAGCUUCACGGACUUACUGCAAUACUGGGUUUUGGUUAAAAAAUCGCUGCAAAAAAUUUCUUAAAUAUUUAUGAAUGUUUUAUUAUUUGCGUGAUUAAAUUAUUUAUUUAUGGUUACAUUUAUUUCGAUAUUACUCAUAUAUCUCGUAUUGCGCUAUGUAUGUGUCAAUAAGCACAAGUGUUAGGGCGAGGUCCGCGCUACAGGUAUCUAAAGACCGAACCCCGAAAACAGUUAACUAUCAUCAGAUCAGAAAUUCAAUAAAAAUUGAUUAAAUUAAACUCAUCUCGACUAAAAUUUUUCUCGCAGUUAUAAGGUACAUCUAGUUACUUAACAAACCCUAUCAAAAUCUAGUUUUUAUUCCGCCCAAAACUAUUUAUUUUUACUAUAUACUUUUACUCAAGACUUAUUUACUUACACUGUUAUUUUUUUACUAUUAUUAUUAUUAUUACAUUAUUUUUCCUUUUGUGCGUCUGAGCCGCAAACUACCCUUUGAAAAUGAGUAUGACUUUGAGUAUGACCAGCGCUGUGGAAAACGUCUGCUACUCCCUCAAAUAUCUGCACCGCACCCACCAUAAAUGUACAUGGGCAAUGGCUUUUGUCCAGUAGGCUUGUUUGCCCUCCGCCCCCCCACCAUAAAUAAAAGGCCUAAGGCAAAUCAUACGUUUGGGACCGGUCUUUAGAUAUUUGUUAUGUAUAUGUAGAUAUAUAACUUGCUGUCUCCUAUAUAGAUAAGU